UGCCAAAUCUUAGUUCUUUUACAAACUUCUAUUUAUCAUGAUAGCUUUAUUUUGUUUUAUUGAAAUCGGAGGAUAUCGUGAAACUAAUCAUAUAUAUUUUACAGGAAGUAAUCGUCGACAAUCUGUCAGUGAAAUAUAAUAUUUUGCGGUAGAAAGCUGAGAACGAGAAGAUAUAAUCAUUGUUAGAACUAGUAAAAGACUGAUUUAUUGCUGAUAUAAAUUACAAAACUAAAAAUGGAUAUCUACAACCUACCCCGGGACCGUGUUAAAGACACGCUGAAGAGCCCACCAGCGAGACAUGUGUCAGUGAGUGAUUCCUACACUGUGUCAAUGUUAAGUGUGAGGGAUCCUGUCGCAGACGACGAAUCGGAUGUGAGUGUAACAGAAAGCGGAGACGACACGGAGUAUCUAGCGGAAGCCUCGUUUGCAGGGGACGCGGAUGAACACAUCAAAGACCCUUGUGCAAUUUGUUUUACAAAUCGUAACUACUCUAAGAAAGCUACACAUUUCUGCAGCGACUGCGGACUUCUUGGGCACUUCCUGUGCGAGCAGUGUUUGGGAUUUCAUAAGAAGUUUACCAACCACAAGGCUGUUAAAUCGUUUGUAGCCGCAAAAUACAAAAGAGGUGGUAAUAUGACAGACACUCAGAAAGAGCUUGAUAAUGAAAGAGAAAGUGUUAAGGUCGCCAAACGGGAAGUUAGUGAAAGGAACACAAAAAUCAAAGAAUUAGCAGUGGACCUGCAAACAGCCAAUGUUCAGUUGAAAGUAUUGCGUUUUAAGCUACAGUUGACAGAAGACAUGAAAUAAAGAAGCCUGACUUAAAGGAAGAGUGGGCUUCUUCAAGAAUUUACAGAGGAUGGUGUUGUUUUACUGACACAAAAUGGCAAUUCAUUUGAUCUCCUAUGAUGAAGACUUAGUUCUAUGAGAAUGUAAACUGUUUAGCGUGCUGUUAUUACCGCUGUUGCGGUAACUUAUACGACAUUAACCUACACAAAAAUAUAUAAUCGAAACCUGUAACGCCCCCUCGAUACUUUAUAAAAUUAUUUUUGAUAUUACAUUUAGUACAUUCAUGAAAUUUCCUACAUUUGUACGAAAACAAUGUUGUAAAUCAAAUGUUAAAAUUUCAGCAAAAUUGAAUAGUGCAAUGAUAUCAUCUUAUUUAUUCGGCGACCACUACCCAUUUUAAGUCAGGAGAAGGCUUUACAGGUGUAGAUCUUGAAUUUCCUCUGGUGUUUGGUCAAACCAAAUCUAAAAUACGAUAGAAAAAAGAAGUAAUUUUAUACGCUGGUGUAACGGGACGUAUUAUGGAACACCUGCGGCGGCGGGCGGCGUGCUUCAACACAAAUUGUCCGCUCUCUAAUUUGAGCAGUUUUUGUUCAAUUUUCACAAACCUUGGUUUGAUUACCGGCUGGAUAUUACAAGUCUCUCUGGAGUUAUGACCUUUGAAAUACGCAAAAUUGCGAAAAUUAGAAUUGGCCGCUCUCUAACUUAGCAAUUCUUGUCCAGAUUUCACCAAAAUGACUCAUGUUUAUAGACAUAAUAUGUUGGCCAGGUUCGACAACCAUCCGGAUUGUCCCAGCGGCUCUAGAAUUAUGGCCCGUGAGUUAGUAAAUAUUGCGAGAAAUUGACAAUGGUCUCCUGUGGCCCUCUAGAACUUGAGUAGUUCUUAUUCGAUGUUCACCAAACUUGGUCACAAUGUUUAUGGGCAUAAUAUCUCUGACAAGUUCAAUUAUCAGCUGAUUAGUCCAAGUCACUUUUUGAGUUAUUACACCUGAAUUACCCCAAACUGUGAGAAUUGACAGUGCAGUCAAAUAACUUAAUCUAGUGUUCACCAAAUUUAGUCACAAAGCUUACGGGCCUAUGAUUUUAGCCCAGUACGAUAACCAGUCAGAUCGUCUUUGUCGAAAUUGAGAAAACUUAUAACUAGGUUGCUUAAUAAGCAGAGUAUUUUUAAAGUCAAAAGUAACUUGCUGUAAGGGAGGUAUAUUGUGAUAGAUUGUUUUAUGAUUUUCUUGCCGUGUAAAAAAAUUCGUUCGUUGUAAAAUUUUAGACAUUUUUUUUUAUAUUUGUGUGGCCUUUUAAAAUAGGGUUGAGAUCGUAAAGUGAAUAAAAUUUUAUCUUAGCAA